AUGCUCGCAUCGCCAUUCGUGCUGCUGCUGCUCGGCACCAGUGUUCCCCUCGUCGUGUCCAACCCCUUGAACGUCUUGGUCGCCAAUGGCACUCUCAACAACACUCAAACCAGCUCCUCGGAGGCCGAGACUGCUGUGACCUUCUCCGACAGGCCUGCACUGAAUAUUUCAUCUCACCAUACUUCCAACAUCACCUACAUCUCUCCCCAGGUUCCUGCUCCUCUCAAAGCUACCCACGCCAACCCCUCUUCUAAAUGGGAUGAAGCCCACGAUAGGGCUCGCUCUUACCUAUCCAAGUGGACGGUAGCUGAAAAAGUAUCCCUCACUACUGGCCUUGGAUGGCAGCAGGGAAGACUCGCCUCUGGGGUUAGGUCGACCGACUAUGUGUCUGCUUUCCCUGCCGGUAUCAAUGCCGCUGCUACCUUUGACAAAGAUCUCAUCUACUCUCGAGGUUACGCUAUGGGCCAAGAGUUUAAGGGUAAAGGGGCUCAUGUUGCUUUGGGACCUAUGACCAAUAUGGGUCGAGUGGCUGCAGCAGGUCGCAACUGGGAGGGCUUUGGCGGUGAUCCUUACCUCUCUGGCUGGGCUACCGACGCCACCGUACGGGGACUUCAAGAUGCCGGUGUUCAGGCUUGUGUGAAGCACUUUGUCAGCAAUGAGCAAGAGCGAAAUCGAACCACUUCAUCCUCCAAUAUCGACGACCGCACCCUUCGCGAAAUUUACACCCACCCUUUCCUCCGAGCCGUUCAAGCAGAAGUCGCUUCCGUCAUGUGCUCUUACAACCUCGUUAACGGCUCUUGGGCAUGCGAGAACCCCAAGACAACACCGGCGAUGUAA